AUGACGAGCGGGUGGAGUGAAGACUUUCUACAAGGCACAUCGGGUGCCUGGCAACAACAGCUCCAGCAGCACGAGCAACUGUCGGAGCGUCUCGCCUUCCUGCGGCGACGAGAGGAACAGCUGGAGGCCGAACUGCAGCACUGUCGCGCAUCUCUCCGCGAGAGCGUCCAGGACUGCGAGCUCCAGGGGGGCGACCCGACGCCCGAGGAGCGCCACCAGGUUCUCCCCCAUCCCCCGCUCUCCGUGCCCAGCGGGGCGCUGUCCCCGUCUCGCAGACUUGCGCCGGGUGUCUAUCCGCCGCAGGACGGUGGUUUCCCUGGUGUGGUAGCGUUCGCGCGGUCUGUGUCGACGCUUCAAAAUCCGCCAGAGGCUUUGAGUGCACCCAGCGCCGUUCCGCGAAUCCCCCCAGCGGCGCGCCUCGAUCUCCGCCUAGGGGCGGAGAUCGAGGCCAGAGGCUUUCCCCUCUUUGGCCCAUCUGCGAGCGCUGUAUUUCCGCAAACUACGCCGUCCCUCGCGGCUGCUCACGCCCCAGAGACAUCCGCGGGAGCGCCGCAGGGCGGAGGCGACGCGCUCCUGGACCGGACGGGCGCGGGCGCGAACGCUGCGACCUCGGAGGCGGGAGGCACAGCCGUCUUUGCCGACAGCGCGAUGCAGGCCGACGGAGCAGGCUCGUAUCGGAAGGCUUUGGAGACGCGACGCGUGCAGCUGGUAGAGGAGAAAGAGAGGCUGAAGGAAAUGCAACGGCAGUACGAACAACUGCUCGACGAACUGCAACAACAGAGACAACAACAAAUGCUCCUCCAGCUCCAACCGCCGGAAGGCCUCCAUUGCGGGCCCGCGGGCAAACAGGCUCUCCGCCAAUUCUUCGAACAGGCCUACAUGCUGAGCCGCCCGGCCGCAGCCUCGGCCGCGAGUGGUUCGUUUUCCCCCGGCGGGGCUUUUUCGCCGCCGCCCUCGAGCUCCCCGCUUCCCUUGAAGGUUCCUUCGUCGUCUCCGUCUGGGCUCGGCGAGCCUCCGACGUCGCUGGCCUUUUCGAGCCCAGCUGGGGCUUCCCUUCCGCCGCAACUCGGGCUUGGUCCCGCGUCCCUCUCUUCGCACAGUGCCGGCCAGUUGUUCUUGUCGGGUCCCGUCGGUCGCUCGCUGCCUGCGGCUCUCCCUGCCACGUCGGCCUUCCUCCCCGGCUCGGCGCUUCCGCCUGGAAGUUCAGACUUCUCGUCUCGGAGCGCAGCGCCUCCUCUCCUUUCGAAUGUGUCCCCGGCGCUCGUCGUCUGCCGCAAGUGGCAAGCGACCCAGGGUCUGCGGGAUCCUCGAGCAGCCGCUCUCGUGUCGCUUCUCCGGGCCAUGGGGGUGAAGCGGAACGUGACUUACCGGGGCGUCUUCGAGACGGCGUUGCGGCCCAAGCUCCUCGUGCGCGCGCUGAAACUCCGCACGGUUAUUCGCCGUUUCUUCGGAGACGGCCGGCGCGCGGCACGGCCUGCGCGCGGCGCACUUUCGGGAGACAGUGGCGAAGACGGCGUCGACCUCUCGCUCGUCAAAGCCGUCGUCGUUCCCCAUUUAGGACCUGAGGGGGAGUCCAUCUGGCGAGACUGGGUUCUCGAGCACCGCGAAGAGAAAGAAUCUGCAGGGCGCGCAGCGCCCGGCGGAGACGGCGCGUCGCCCAGCAGCCGGGACGGGAGCACGGCCGAAAAUGUGAAGGCUGCGGGCGGCGCUGCCGCCGGGGUGUCUGUACACCGCAAGAAAGGCGCGGGGCGGCGGCCGGAGGACGGCGACGGGGUGGGAAGUCGCCGCGGGAGCGUGCAGAGGGGCGCGUGGCCGGAAGAGGAUCGGAGUUUGUUUCCCUCGGAAGGCGAGGUCGACGGCGCGGCGACUUGCGGAGGCGAAGCGUCUCUUCUGGGGGUAGAGCGGCAGGGGGGCGAAGGGGACGGCGACCAUGAGGCGUUGAGGGCGAUCGAGAUGCUCUACAGCGCCGUAGGCAGACUGGCCCCGAUGUUCCAGGUGCGCCCGCUGCAGCCGAUUCUCGCGGGCGUCAUCGACGCUCUCCAGCCUCUCCCGCUGCCGCCGACUGUGAUGAAAAUGCUUCUCGACGACACGCCUGCAGCCCGCGACUUCUACAAGCUGGCCCACACGCGCACGAAACACCUGAUCUGGCUCAGACAGCCGUGGAAAUUCUUCACGGAAGUAGCUGGCGAACUCGACGCAUGCGUGACCAUUCUGAACGCGAUGUGUCUGCCGGCGGCCGGUCCCUCUGGAUCGCCCGGUCAGGAGACCGCCGCGCGGGCGUCUCUCGCCUCGCCGUCGGCCUCGCAGUCCCCGCAGGCGUCGCCAGCUUCUCCAGAGAGCUUGGCGGGCCCCAGGGCGCUUCUCCAGCAGCACAUCCAGAAACUCCUCGACAUGGUGGACGGGAACCCGGCCGUGUACAACCUCCUCACGCUGUUCAUUCGACUCAAGUUCAUUCUCUCGCUUCUCCCGCCGCGCGGCUACGUGAUUGAUUUGCGAAACAAACCGGCCAAGACGCCUGGAGAUCCCGCACCCGGCGCGGACCCUUCACCGCCGCCCCUCUCUUCUGGAAGCGAGAAAGGCUGGGGAGGCGCCGCGGGCGGGCAUUACAUCCCCAUCAUUCCAGCGCCGAAACAGUCGGCGGGGUCCGCCCACGAGGGGACGCCUCGACGCCCCGCUUCCGGGCCGGCUUCCGGGCCGAGGGGAGGCAACUCGCUGUCUCUUGAGCGUCCCGCCUCGCCGCGCGUGUCUUUUGCUGCCUCGGCUGCGUCUGGCAUCUCGCACCCGCGGCAUACCUCCCGAGAGUUGCUGGCGCCUCCCGACGCUGCGAUCAAGACGGACCCAGACGCCGGUGGUCCGCCAACCCCAGUGGCGCGUGGCGCAGCCGACGGGGCCUUCUGCGCCGUGAACGGGGCGGCGAAGAAGUCUCUCUCCCCUGGAAGGCUUCCGGACAGACAAAGGGGCAUCGAAAGCGGCGGGACGGGCGAGGCGGGCUUUCCGCCCGAUGGGGGCGGGCGGGGGCGCGAAGCGGCGAAGGCGGGAGACGGCGGAGCGCGAGGAGACACCGGCAGCGGCGCUUCGCGAGCGCAGCUGACGGCCCGCAUGUGGCCGCAAGCAGAAUGUCACUGGGGGUAUCUGAGGUGUCUAUUGGCUGUGGGGUACCGAGACAGGUUCCACUGCGACGACGCGGAGAUGCGGAGCGUCGAUGCGUGCUGGGGCGUCAUUCUCCUCGUCUCAGAAGUGAUUCGCAGUGGGACGAACUCGAUGGACAGCGUUCGGCGACGCGACGAUCUCCUGAAGCCGGCGAAGGCGCCGUUCCCGUUCGCACCGAGCGCAGAGACUGCCGAGAAGGGCUUUCAUAUCCGGUCGAGCAACGAUCUCCUGGACGUCUGCAUUGCGCUCAUGCAUCCUCUUUUCCUCCAGGCCGUUGCGCAGUCUCUGGCCCUUUCCUUCUACCGCCCGGACUUCCAUCCGCUCAUCUUUCGGAACCAGGAACGAAUCUGGCGGGCCUUCGCAGUCUUGGGCCUCUCCGCUCCCUAUGUUGGUCUGACCAAAUUCAUCCUGGAGUCGCGUCCAGUUCUCCCUGCCGGGGCGUCAGCCCCGCUGUCGCCUUCCGGAGCCGUGAGCUCGCUUAUUCUUCCCGUCUCUCUGGAGACGAUGUCGCCCGCAGCCUCGGUGACUCCUGCCGGGUCCGCCUCGGGGGCGUCGAGCCUCGAUCCUCUCCCGGCAGGUGAAGCCGCGCGUUCCUCCCUCACUGCCGCUUCCUGCCCCUCGCCCGCCCUCCGUCUCGCGACUCCUAGCCCCGCUGCGCAGCCACAGAGUGAAGAGGCAGACGCCGAACUGCCGCGGUCCAAACUCGCGGCCUCUCUCCCAGGCGACGAGACGCAGGGAGUCCAGAUUUCGGAGGGCCCAACCGGCUUCCCGUCUUCUCCGUCUCUCAGGGCAGCGUUUCCGUCGGGCUGUGACUUGCCGACUCCAGUCGGGGCGUGUGGCCAGAAACAUACAGCGCCUGGGGAUCCGCUCCACUCUGCACAGCCCGUUCCCUCCCAGGGCCCCACACCGCCUUUUCCGUCCGGAGCGUCAUCCCCUCCUCUCGCUCCGGAUCGCAGCACGAUAGGCUUCCCGCCGUGCCCGCCUGGCGCAGGAACCGUCUCGGGUGUCCGUACACUGCCGCACGCGGGCGCCGCCAGUUCGCGGCCGCAGAAGCGAACGGGCAACGUCGCAGACGUGCCUCGCGGGCCCCCGCAGAUUGGCGGGAAGACGGACGACCGUCAGAAACGUCGCAAAGCCUGCGGCCUCGACAUUCCCCUGGCCAAACUGGUGGCGUACGCGGCGGGGAGUUCGACGAGUUUUCCAGGUGUCGGCGGAGCGGGGGCGGCGCUGGGCGAGGCCCUCGCGGGGCCUGGCAUGUUCUGGCUCUCGCUGAGCGACUUGAGCAGCACGCACUCGUUCCUCUCCGCCUAUCUGCCGCGCUUCCACAACAGCCUGUACGUCCAGUGCACCCAUCGCCUGCAGGCAUUCUUCGACCUGGCCAGGGCUGCCGCAACUGCGGCGGCAGCUGCCAGCACCGAAGACGGAAACUGUUCGCUGGCGGCGGCGGAGGCGGUCGCGGCGGCUGCUCUGUCAGGCAGUGAAUGCGGGCUUCUCUCAGCGUCGUCCGUGUGGAGUUCCGAAGACGAAGCCUCCAAAGCGCCAGGUGUGCGGCGACCCGCGCAGAAAGACCCCGCAGGCGUGUUCUCGCCGUCGGGCAACUCUCUGGACAGUCUCCAGGCGACCGAGCCGAGCCCCGGGAUGCCGCAGGUGGCGAGGCUGAAGGAGCGGCUCCGCACCCUGGCCAAGGAGGCGGCAGGCGCCUGGCCUCCAGGGACGAACUUCGUCGACCUGCCGCUCGGGGGGAACGCGUCGGCGGAGGAGCAGAGGCAGCAAGAUGUGCAGCUGCCUCUCGACUGUCUCUCAGCGACCAUAGCUGCGCUGACGCACCCUCCGGCCGGCGCGGAAGGAGCUCCAGAGAGCGCCAGCGCAGCGGGACCUGGCGGGUUUCCUGGGUCCGAGAUCGCCAGGAGGAAAACCGAGACCGCUUGCGAGAAAGAGAGUGACGAGGGGAGGCAGGGCGCGCUAGGCGCGCCGUGCGUCCCCUUGGCGCCGAAAGGCCUUCGAGACCGGGGCUCGGGGGCUGAGCCGCCUCCCGCGAGCAGUGCUGGCGGGCCGAAUUUCGGCGUGUCUCCGCCUGGCGCGUCGCCUAGUCUGCCGCCUCCGGCGCUCGGGACCGCUGGAAUUUCGGGGCCGGGAGGCCAGGCUCUGCCCGGUGCGCCCGGGGCCGGAGGCGUGGUUGCGUUCUGUGCGAGAUUUCGAGCGGCAGUCCAGCACUGCGGCGAUGAAGGCGUUUGCCGCAGACUCCUCGUCGCCGGACGAACCGAGAUUGUUCUCGCGAGGCUGAUCCUCACGUGUCUGCUGCCGUUGACGGCCAAGUCGGAGGCCUUCCGGGCCCUCCAGCACAGCAUUCUACGCCGCGUGGCCUACCAGGCGCAGACGUUGCUUCUUCUGUCUGCGUCGCCAGACGAGUCCGGCGGGAAGGACUCCGAGGCCAGUGCAAGCGAGAGCGGCGACGAGGAGAAAGAGGCGCCUGGUAGCCGAGACGCUCGGGCGAUCCCUGACAAAGCUUCGCCGCGAUUAAGCCGGACCCUGUCUCUCGCGGAGGUGGACUGGCUCUUCCUCAUCUCUCUGCGUACUUUCUUGCGCCUCGCGUCCCUGCAGCCGCAGGAAGGGGCGUUCCCAGGUGCCGUUCCCGGAAGUCCCCUUGACGGAGAGCGCGCCUCCGCAGAAGUCUCCCCAGGCUUCUUCCAAACCAGUGUCCUGGUUGAGAUGGCAAAGCUGCUGAGUCUUCUCGCUGAACGCCAUCCUCUCUUCCUGCAGUUGAGCGUCGAUCUUCUCAAGGUGCCGGCCGUCGCGCGCGCUGUCGGUUCGCGGGGUCCGAAUCUCCUCAUGCAUGCCUGGAAGCUCGGGAAACAGCACUUCAGCAAGCGACCGACAAGCAUCCAGAGUCUCAUGUUCGCGAAGAGUUUCGGAGAAGCCGUGCGCCUCUCUCGACUAGACGUUUCCCCCGCGGAGCUGGCCGAGCUCACAGGCCUUCCAGGCGGCGAACUGCCGCCGAGCCGGCUAGCCACGUCGACCGCGGUGCCUAGAGUCGCGUCCCGGAUCGGAGACUGA